CCCAGCGAGCGCUGAGCGGAGGCUGCCGGGGUGCGGCUGGCGGAUUGGGGCGCACGGCGCGGGUUCCCUCCUCUGGAUAGGCCGGGAGGGAGGCAGAAGGGCCCCCCGAGACGCCAGGACCUCGGAGCCCUCCUUCCUUGGGCCAGCGUGGCCUGCCAUGUCCAUCAUGGUGGGCCUGGAUGACAGCCGAUCGGAGAGGGUGACGGGCGAUGACAUCAUCCUCCAGACGCGCCAGGUGAUGAGGGGCCUGGAAGCCCUGCGCAGCGAGAACUGGAGCAUCCGCCACUGGCUGCAGGAGGCUCUGCUGAAGGAGCAGCAGCUGAUGGACGAGAGGGAGGGCCCCCUGGCGGCCGCUGAAGCCCAGGCCCUGGAGCUCCUGGAGGAGAAGCAGGACCUCGUCUGCCGGAGCCUGGAAGGCAUAGAGCUGGGCAUUGCGGAAGGCCAGAUGUUGAUCGCCCUCUCCUCGCACAUGGGGGCGCUGGAGGCGGAGAAGCAGAAGCUGCGGGCCCAGGUGAGGCGCCUGGGCCAGGAGAACCUCUGGCUGCGGGAGGAGCUGGCCAGCACCCAGCUGAGGCUCCAGCACAGCGUGGAGGCCGUGGCUCAGCUGGAGGAGGAGAACAAGCACCUGCGCUUCCUCAACCAGCUCAAGCACUACGAGCCCCCCCGGGAGGAGCAGGUGGAGGUGGAGGAAACCUUCCUCAGCACGGAGGACGACCCGGCGUUGUGUCCUGCAGAGCGGCAGAGCCCGGGUGCCGCCGCCUUGGCAGCCCAGCAGGGCGGGUACGAGAUCCCGGCACGCCUGCGGACGCUGCACAACCUGGUGAUCCAGUACGCGUCUCAAGGCCGCUACGAGGUGGCGGUGCCGCUUUGCAAGCAGGCCCUGGAGGACCUGGAGAAGAGCUCUGGGCACAGCCACCCAGACGUGGCCACCAUGCUCAAUAUCCUGGCCCUGGUCUACCGGGACCAGAACAAGUACAAGGAGGCCACGGAGCUGCUCAACCACGCCCUGGACAUUCGGGAGCAGGCGCUGGGCAUGGAACACCCUUCGGUGGCUGCCACCCUGAACAACUUGGCUGUGCUGUAUGGCAAGCGAGGGAAGUACCAGGACGCUGAGCCUCUGUGCAAGAGGGCCCUGGAGAUCCGAGAGAAGGCGCUGGGCAGCAACCAUCCAGAUGUGGCCAAGCAGCUCAACAACCUGGCCCUCUUGUGCCAAAACCAGGGCAAGUUCGACGAGGUGGAGCAGUAUUACCAGCGGGCCCUUCGCAUCUAUCAGACCCAGCUGGGCCCCAAUGACUGCAACGUGGCCAAGACCAAGAAUAACCUGGCCUCCUGUUUCGUGAAGCAGGGCAAGUUCCCGCAGGCUGAGCAGCUGUACAAGGAGAUCCUCUCCCUGCAGGACCAGGAGCUGAGCCCCCCCAGGGGCGAUUAUAGCUGGACAGGAGCUGGCAACACCUGGGAAGGGCAGGAGGGGAUGAGGCGCAGCAGCUCCUUCUCUCGCUUCCGGGAGUCCCUCAAACGCAGCAGUGAGAAGCUGGUCACCAAGCUGCGGGGCCAAGCGGUGGGGCAGCCCAAGGUCGCCGCAGGCCCCAGGAUGACGCGGGCCACGUCCCUCAGCACGCUGCAUGUGAAUGAGGCUGCAGCUGCCGCAGCCCCAAAGCCCACCCGGAACCUGAGCACCAGCACCCAGGACCUGACUCACCGCUCCACCCACUAGGCCCGCCGG